AGGGGGAGUAGUACUUUACCCUCAGCCUUAACCUAAAAUCUAAUCCAAAAUCUCCCUCUUUCAUCUUCCUUUAUUUUUUUCAUACCAUCCCACACAAGGCACAACAUCAAAAUUUUUGAUUUUUCAUCUCUGUCAAAUUCAGAUCUUUUUGUACUCAUAUUCCAAAUUGUUUAGACACCAAAAAAACAGUAUUUGCCCUUUUUUUUUGUUUUUUUUGUUGUAUCUGAAUCUCAUCUACAAGGUCUAAUAACAUUCUCCUCGUUGUUUUACCCUCUUGACUACAAAAACAAUGUCGACUCAUCAUCAUCUGAGUGAGGAGGACCCAACAACUCCCACAGUAUAUUCAGCGCAACAACAGCCUCAGAGUGAGGCCGCCACGCCCACACAUGUCUCCGCCCACAGGCCCUAUCCUGAGGCUACUGCCCAGUACCAGGAUGUUGUUCAGAGUGCUGAUCUUUUCUGGCAGACCCUCAAGGAUUUUCACAGAUCUUUUGGUACCAAGUUCAUGGUUCCCACUACAGGAGGAAAGGCUCUAGAUCUACACCGCCUUUUUGUGGAGGUUACAUCUCGUGGUGGCCUAGAAAAGGUGCACAACGCAUUUCUACAAGGUAAUCUCUUGAACUGGUGGCAGGUUAUUCGAGAUCGCAAAUGGAAGGAAGUGACUACAGUUUUCAAAUUCCCAACAACAAUCACCAGUGCAUCAUUUGUUUUACGGAAGUACUAUUUAUCAUUACUUCAUCACUAUGAGCAAGUUUAUUACUUCCGCAAGCAAUCCUUUCCAAUCUCAAUGGCUGAUCCUCUAAACAGCAGCCCCAUCAAUGGGUCAGCUACUACACCUGUUUUUCAGGACAGUGCCACUACGAAUGAUUUGCCAGUGAGCCCUAGAUUGCAGCCUGGCUGUUUGGUGACUGGAACUAUAGAUGGAAAAUUUGAUAACGGAUAUCUAGUUUCUGUGAAUUUGGGUUCUGAUGUGCUGAAAGGUGUCCUGUAUCAUAUUCCUAAUAAUGAGUCACACAUGUCUCGGAGUUCUAACGCUUCAGCUGUACCUCCUCCCCGUAACUGGAAGAGAUCCCAGCUGGCACUACGGGAUCCCUCUCGGCCCAAGCGAAGCCAGAGUGGUUACAACUUCUUCUUUGCAGAGAACUAUGCCAGGUUGAAGCCUUUGUACUCUGGUCAAGAGAGGGCCAUCAGUAAGAAGAUUGGUUUCCUAUGGAACAAACUCACAGAUGCUGAAAAACAGGUCUAUCAAGAAAAAGGCAUGAUAGACAAGGAGAGAUACAAGACUGAAAUGUUGGAGUACAGAUCCGCAUAUGAUUCAAAACCUCAAUAGUCUCCAUCUUGUGGGGUUACCCAUUCAGGACCUCAUCUCUCUCCAUUUUGUUGUUGUUGUUGCUGCUACUGUUGUGUUGUCUCCAUUAUGUUCUUUACAAAGAUUACCCGAUAACAUGAUUCCUAUGCCAAAACUAUUGGUCUUGGAAUCUGUAAAUGGUCUAGGGAAUUUUAGAUUCAAUCUGGAUCAGUGGAAAAUUAGCUCAGCUUAUAUACACUGCUAGAAUCAGAGAAGUCGAUCUGGUUCCCUUUGUUGUCGUUUUUUUUUGUCCUAAUUAUCAACCUCUGUUGGCCAAAAAUGCAACUUGUUUUUUGUCGUCCAAUAUUUAGAAACAAAAUGUCUGAAUUGUUUGUGAUGAUGGAUGCACGGGUUAAUCGUAUUCUAAGUGAGCUCUGACCCCCUUCCAUCCGAAUUCCUGGAUGUUGUCACGUUGGGCAUCCUUGGCCAUUGCUGGGAUUUGGUGCAGAACCUUCUUGUUGGUUCCACAACACAGUAUUAGAGUGGUUCCUGAUAUGGGGUCAAAUAGGGAGUAAAUUACGUUGGAAACGAGGCUACUCUUUCAGCAUCGCCCUCUUUCAUUUGUCUUUAUGUGGGUACUAUUGAAAAUGCUUAAAAGCUGCAUAACUUGAUUUGGUACACUGUUAAAGCACAGAGGAAUUCAAGGAUUGAACUGUUGUAUGUGAGCUUGUCUCAUCUCGAUAUGGAAAGGUGCUACUAUUCUAUGACUGAAUCAGUAUUUCAGAUUUUCCCUCCUAAAAGUGGUCUCUGGCCAUCCUUCUUUGAUUUUUCCCAAGAAGGGUUUUAUUCAUAUUGGAGGCAGAGGAGCAGUCUUUCAGAGUUGUCCUAGUAUUGGAGAUGGGUUCAUGAAUUACCAGGAGGUUCAAGUGAAGAAGCAUGAUGGUGGGACAGGUUUUGUCCAGAAGGGAGUUUAAUAUGGGAGAAAUCAGGAGGCAGGGCUUUGAACAAAAGGAUGUCGGCCAAUCCCAUAGCUAAUAGUUUUCAAUUUGUGGUAAGAAAUACUAAUCACCAAAGCCCCUGGAUGGUGAAGGAGACUCAAGUUUCAACCCCCACUGCCUGAGAACAAUUCUUGGUCAACUACGAUAUAGGAUGCUGCUGUCUGGAAGACAUGAUGAGACACUAGUAUUGGAGCCUGGGCUCCCAUCCAGGCCCCACCAGCCAAGAGGCGAGCUAAGAUGUCAGUUGCAGCAAACAAGUGAGGAAUUGAGGGAAGUGGGGCCUCUACUAACUGUAUAGAUCCGGCAACAACAGUGGAAGACAUGGAUUACCCGAGUGGUGAUUAUAAAUGCAUCCACACAACACAAGAAACAGAAGAAACAGGAGGCAUCUCGUAGCAACGAGCAACAACACUCAUCACCACAAUUUGCCAACUUCUGGUAAAUACCAGUGCAUCGCUCGUCAUAAAUCUGCCCCUUCUUACCAUGCCUUUGGUUGGGGUUUGAGAAGAAUGAAUUCAACUGAGGCUCUAAAUUCAACAGAGUUUGACAAGGUGGCCCAGAGGCUGCAAGUACACACAAAUGUAAAAUCUGCUACAAGACUUUUGGACUGGUCAUACUCUUGGGGGGCCACAUGGGUUGCCACCGGACUGGUAAAAUUGUAGCUCCACCUACCCCAUCAAUAUUAAUGAGCUUUUCAUC